AUGGAGAGCAAAUGGAGUGGCUGGGUGCUGAUCCUUUCCGUGUGUCUAGGCUCCUACCAAGCCGUGGCCAGCCCCCUCCAGCAAUGCGGCGAGCGACCAGAGGACUGGUGUCGCGACGUGGUGACAGCGGCCAAGUGCGGGGUGCUGGAGCUGUGCCGGGUCACUGCCUGGGACCAGGACCUGGGGCAAAAAGGGGUUCCGUGUCACCUGUGCCAGGUGGUGGUCUCUGUGGUGGGCAAGAUCCUGCAGGACAACCGCACUGAGGACAAGCUGAGGCUCUUCUUGGAUAAGAGAUGCCAGUACUUGCCAUUCCAGGACUGGUCUAUCAAGUGCAAGAAGAUGGUGGACACUGGUGUCCUCAUCCUUGCCCAGUUGGGCAAGCAAGUGAUGUCGGACCCAAAGGUGGUGUGUGGGACCAUCAAGCUGUGCCAGUCUCCAGACAGCCCUACAGGGGGGGCCCUGAAGUUCCAGAAGCCACCACCAGCCCCCGCGGGCUCUGCUCAGGACUUUGCCGACCUGGUUGUCCCCUUCAUCGCCAACGUGCCCCUGCUGCUCCAUCCCCAGGACCAGCCUCAUGGCCAGGCCCAGGAGCUGGAGAAGGUGUGUGAGGACUGCCUGCAGCUGGUGGCAGCCCUGCAGCUGGAGCUGGGGACCAGCACUGCCUUCACCAGGGGGCUGGUGGCCCACACCGAGCAGGCGUGCGAGGGCCUGGCCCCCCGCCUGGCACAGCGGUGCAAGCACUACCUGGCUCAGCAUUCAGACACGGCCACCCGGCUGCUCCAGCACCUGCAGGCUGAGGACCCAAGGGAGCUGUGUGGCCACCUGGGACUCUGCUCCUCCUCCUCGGCACUGCCCCUGCACACCCUGCUCAAUGAGAAGAUGGAGCAGGUCCUGAGCACUCUGGGGGACUGGGAAGGGAACAGGCCGCUGUGUGACAUGUGCCAGUUUGCUGUGAGGGCAGCAGAAAGCCUCCUGGAGAACAACAUGACAGAGGAGCAACUGGUGAACGACAUCGAGAAGGUGUGCUACAUGCUGCCCCACAGCGUGGUCGAGCAGUGCAAGGACUUUGUGGACUCCUAUGGCAAAGCUGUGGUCAUCAUGCUGCUGGAGGCCACCGACCCCACGGCUGUGUGCACCAUGCUGCACUGCUGCCCCCGCCACGGGGAACCCCGCACAGGGGCUGCUGCUCUGGAGCAGCUGGGGGUGGGCGCGGGGUCCUUCUGCAACGUCUGCCAGGUCAUCAUCACCUACUUUGACAACGAGCUGCUGAAGAACGAGACGCUGGGGGAGCUGGCUGGUGUGCUGGAGAAGGGCUGUGAGCUGCUGCCCGCCCCCCUCACCGACAAGUGCGAGGCGCUGGUGGUGCAGUACGAGCCGGCGGUUGUGCGGCUCCUCGUGCAGAUGUUGGACCCUGACUUUAUCUGCACUAAAAUCCGAGCCUGCGAGUUGCCUGAGGAGGACCUGCUGGGCUCAGACCCCUGUGUCUGGGGCCCACAGUACUGGUGCAAGAACAUGGCCACAGCUGUCGAGUGCCACGCCGUUGAGCACUGUCGGCGUCACCGAUGGAACUAGGAGCCCUGGGACUUGUCCUGCUGCUUUGGGUCAGGAUCCUGAGCCCUCUUCCCUGGGGAUGCACCUGUGCCCACGGAUGGCAAUGGCAUGAGCCCACUGGCCUCACCACCCCUGUGGGGGCUGUGGGGUGCUCCAGCCUCCUCUGCCCCACUCCCUUUUCCACCCCUGGGGCUUGGAUUUCCAAAUCAGGUUAAGGGACUUUGUUAGUAUUUUCAGGACUGUUGUGUGUGU